AUGCCCCCCUCAUCUAGGCUCCGCCAUCCCAUUUCCGUCAAUACACUACGCUCUACCACACGAGCAAGAGAAGCCUCACCGGCAUCUUCACCUCCUUCCCCCAUCUACGUACUCCCUUCUAUACCAUUCACAGGAGGCCUUCUAUAUUCACCUCCCUCUUCACCUCACGACUCAACUCAUACGAUCAACACUAUUACCAAACGCUGCGUCUCCCAUUCAAUUUCAAAAGUCUCACUUCCCGACCAAACAUCCAUAUCAUCACCCGUGGCACAUGUACAUGAUCACAAGACGCCUGAGUCCGAAAAACGCUCAGUACAGCCGCAAAAAUGUCCCAUCUUAUCUAGAACGAGCGAUGAAGUUUCGUUACGCUCGGUACUUCGCCACUCCACUGCUGACGGUCUCGGCGAUGUGGGACGGACGAACACACUCGACGUCAAUCGGCGUGAAGAGAGUGCUGAACGGCUCAAGUCCCAUACUCUGGUUGCAAGAGUGAAGGAUAAUAGUUGCUAUCCAACGACGAUCACAUUAACUGUAUUUCGGAUUUUGGGCGAUUGCAGUGAAGCAACCGAGGUUCUUAUUGACACUGGUAGAGAACGAUGGGUGAAUGUCAAAGGCAUUGGGAACGGUAAUAAUCGGGUGUAG